UGCACGAUUGGCUGAUAUUUCCCUCGAGCUGCGGGGCUCGGAUCGUUCACGUUCUAUAUUACGAUGUUUCCCGAUUUUAAAUCGACUUUCUAGAUAGCAUUUCCUUUCAGGCAAAUCGUAAAUGCAUUCCGUAUGCAACCUGUGCGACAAUAGUUUGUAAAUAUCGAGGGAAGCCCGACCGAUCCUCUCGUUCGCGUGAAGCCAAGUCGACGGAAUUUUCUGUUUUAAGUCGCCUGUGCUCGUGUUAACAACAGCCGACGUGCAACAUCGCUACCCACCGCGAUGAAUGACUGAAUUACAUAUUUAUCGGGUGAAAAAAAAUACGCGAAACUGACGAAGCUUUCGUGUUCUCUGUACUUGUUUCUAACAAUCAGCUGACUUCCGGAACUAAUACGGAAGAAGAUGUUAGUGAGGCCUUUCGUUCGUUUCGUUUGACACAACAGCAUUUUCGUAGGCGAAUAAAGAAUUUCCUAUCUCUCGUUAAACCUAACAAAUCGAAGACUCGUAUAAGCGUAAACUAAUGUUAAACUCCGCCUAAUCGUGAAACUGUUGGAAAAUAAUUUUAAGACAAAUCACCACUCUCUUAAAGAUAAUAUGAAUUCUCAAGAAAGUACAAGCAAUAAUCAGAAUAAAGGAGAAACAAGAGUGGACGAGAACUUGAAAAAGAACAGCAGCCAGCCGAUCGAACAGUCGUCCAAAUUGUCCAAAGUUGCGCAGCUAGAAAGCAAACUAUGCGGAGAUCAACUGAAGUUGAACAAUAAGCUGGGAGAGAACAGUGCCAAGAACAUUUUAUCUUCUAAAACUCUUGUCCCGCUGGCUAAUGGUAUAAAAACCGCGCAAGUUGCCACGUCCAGUUUUCACAAUUCUAUAGACCAAGAUACAAACCAAGAGAGGUUAAACGCCAGCGUAUCUUCCAUAUUUUGCAUAAGCGCUUUGAAUCUGCCUAAGCCUCAGAUGCAUUUAAAUGUAUCUUCCAGUCAAACGAACACGCAUUUGAACCAUGCUUGUACAUCUGUCUCCUAUAACGACGGCGCCACGUCGAAUCCUAUUUUACAUUUAAACAAUUCGGCAUCGGUGUCCAAGAUACAACCAAGCUUGUUGGUGCUUAGACCGAACGAGGAUAUCGAUAUGAAAAAUAAUGUAGACUAUAUAUCUGGAAUUGAGAAAUGCCCAUCGAAGGUGUCGUGCAGUUCGGACUCUAGCCCUGAGGUGGACGGAGCCUGGGCAUCGAGAUCCUACAGAUCUACAUGUGUACUGAAUAAUAUAGGAGGUAGCAUCGGCUCUACGAGUCAGGGAACUUGUUGUUUCUUGAGACCUAAUAUUAAUGGAAACAGGGAAGUAGCAGGACCAAGCGGAUUGCAGAAGAGUAUACAAAGAGAGAGCGAGAGAAGGGAUUCAAGUUCAGAGAAUGAGGGUGACGUGUCGGAUGGCGAAGAUUAUUGUAUUUACACAUACAAAGGAAACAACGACGCGGUCCACUUGGCUCAAAAGAAGGAAGUGCGUCAGGAGCAGGCGGAGGAACGCGAGGAAGAAGGACAAUAUCAUAGCGGCAGAUCGAGUCCGGAGAUGGACUUCUUGGAGAUGGACUUCGAUCCCGGGCCUUCUUGUGAGCAGGAUACGGGUGACAGCGACGUGGCCUCAAUAAACGAAGACAUACAAAAUAUAGCGUUAGAUAGUGUAGAUCCAGACCCAGUAUUAAACGACUUAAGUAGUGGUAAAGUUGUAUCACGGCAGGGGAUCGCGACGAUGCCGCAACACCCGAAACAAAGCGUCCAAAAUGUAAAUCACGCGGCAGUUCAGCCGUGUUCUAGCAGCCGAUCCGUACCGGAGCCAAGCAUAAAGCCAAGUUAUCCAUCGUCGUGGCUGCCAAGCACCAGCGGUGGAACUGGGAAAUGGGAAACCGCAAGACUGUAUCGUAGCACAGGGUGUCCAUUGCGAGAAUCGUACAGGUAUCACGACACGAGCGGAGAUCUUAUAUCGCCUGGUGACAAUAGAGACACGGAUUCAGAGUCAUGGUCCGAGUCGUCGGCAGCCUCCGUCUCGGAGAACUCGGGUCUAAAUUCCAGAAGAGUUAAUCUCCACUCGACUCUGUACCACCUAGUCAUGGCUAAAAAAUUGGUGCUCAACAAGCAAGCUGCGUUUAAUCAGAGCGGCGACUCGAAUCUAGAAAACGAAUUGUGCAAUGAACGAUUAGAUGGGCUUUUACCGGUUGAAAAAGUUAUGUUGUGGAGCGAGCAGGAAGCUACGGAGAAACAGGUGACGCAGAUUGGAACCUCCGCGUGCGGUGCUACUUCCGCGAUAAACGCUUUGUUGGCUUUGAACGUGUCAUUUUCAUUGGAAACGUUAGUGAAGGGUGUAAAUACCAGGUUAAGGGAGCCGGGUACACCGUUACCGCGGUAUUUGUUGAGCCGAUCUGUGGCUGGAUCGACGCACAAAGAUCUGGCACGUGGUAUAGAUCUGUCCACGAACGGCUCGGUUAUAACGAAAUUUUUCGCAUUUUACCCGGAAAGAAAAGUGUCCCUGUCUCACUGGUUACAUUAUUGGAUAUCGAAAGGUGCCGCGCCUAUAGCAACGUUAAAUUUACAACAUUGUGGGGAGGGGUACCAUUUAUCGGAUGCAUGGCACCAUCAAAUGAUAUUUGGCGUAGGACAAGCGGGAAUAUAUUUAACCAAUCCAUUAGAAUGUUUAUCGGAACAGUACGUUUGGCAUCAACUUGUGAGCCCUAGUAUUUUGCUAGUACGAAGAGCAGAUGUUUUAGCUCAUUGGAACGCUAACACGGAUCUAACACCUCUCGCUACUAUGGACAAAACGUGGCAGAAGCUCAACGUUCUCGGGCAAGUUGUAAAUAUGAUACGCGAUGCCAUGACUGAGGGACGACAGCUUAGUGCCAACGCUGGUAGAACUCACAUUCGUAUUCCUGCGUCUUACCAAGCAGGCAUUACAUUAGUUAUGUGUGCAGAUUCCGCUGCUGCUUCCGAAUUGUUACACGCUGAACAAUUACCAUUACUCUAGUCUUGUUAAUCAAAAUUAAUAAAAAUCCAGGCUGCCCCCCCCCCUUUAUUUGUAAUAAAUUUAAUUAGCAGGCUGGUCCGCACAAUGUUGUUUAAAAUGAUUCAUUUAUUAUAUAAGGCAGUUUAGCGAUCAGAAUUGAAAUAAUUUACAUUUCUAACACAAAAAAAAAAAGAAGUAUGUUUAUAUUCAAAGAGAAUAUUACCAAUUGAAAUAUAUUUCAAUAAAAUAUUUCCGUUUUA